AUGGCCGCGAUUACGCAAGCUCCUGUUGCUAUUCCUCUCGAUGUUUUCCCCGACGGGCUGAAGACUACCGGCCAGCAUGCGCCGCUGUAUGAUCAUAUCCGGGCAUAUGAGCAGUUCCCCGCGCAGAUCGAGGGUCCAACGGUGUGGAAGGCGGAGGAUUAUCGCGAGCACCCGGAGAAGUGGACACAUCGGUUUUCCGAGAGCGAGAUUGCGGAGUUGAGUGCGACGGCUGAUGCCUUUUUGGUGAAUAAGAUUCCCUUGACGGGUAUUUCGAAGAGCAAUUUCCCUCUUCCGAACCUGUCCACACGUCUCGAAGAACUGCGCAAGGACCUCAUCGAUGGAAAGGGGUUCAUUCUCUUCAAGGGGUUCCCCGUCCAGCAAUGGGGGAACCAUAAGUCCGCGGUGGCGUAUAUGGGUCUGGGCACGUAUUUGGGGUACUUUGUCAGUCAGAACAGUCGCGGCCAUGUCCUAGGUCAUGUGAAGGAUCUGGGUGAGGAUCCCACUCAGAUUGACUCCGUGCGUAUUUACCGCACCAAUGCGAGACAAUUCUUCCAUACUGAUGACUCAGAUAUUGUCGGGUUGUUAUGCAUUGCUCGUGCGCUUGAAGGAGGCGAGUCUGAUAUCGUCUCUUCCCACCAUGUGUACAAUACCCUUGCCAAGGAGCGUCCUGACGUGCUCAAGACCCUCAUUGAGCCCAUCUGGUACUUCGAUCGUAAGGGUGAGACCAGCAAAGGACAGGAGGAGUAUAUCCGAACCAGUGUGAUUUACCUGGAGCAGGGUGAGAAUGCUCGUGUUUACACUAAGUGGGAUCCGUAUUACGUCCGCUCUCUCACUCGCUUCUCUGACGUGGGCAUCAUCCCUCCUCUUACCGCCGCCCAGACCGAGGCCAUGGAAGUCCUCGAGGCCACCUGCAACCGUCUCUCCCUGCACAUGAUCCUGGAGGUCGGCGACAUCCAAUUCCUGUCGAACGCUCAUGUCCUGCACGCACGCACCGCGUACACUGAUCAUGCGCCCCCGGCCCCUCGCAGACAUCUGAUGCGUCUGUGGUUAGCGACGCCCGAGCAUGAGGGUGGCUGGAAGUUGCCCUUCUGGGAUAGUAAUGAGAAGAAGAGGGGUGGGAUUCAGGUUGACGAUCAGGCCCCGGUAGCGCCGUUGGACGCGGAGUAA